AUGGAGAAUUCUUUGAAUCGGGUAGCCGGAGAAAGAUUUGAAGAACAUAUUAAAACCAUAACUAUUCUCUUGCAAAAGUUUGACCGAUCAAUGAAAGAGCAAGUAGGAGCUUUAGACAAAUUGGCAAGUAACCAUUUCAAGAACUUGGGGGAAUGGCUCAAAGAACAUACUAGAGAUCUUAAUGUGUGGCUCACUAUGUACUUUUGGGCCCUACAAGAGUUUCACAACAGAUAUAUGAAAGAUCCUGACUAUAUGCUGGCUAAAGAGAUUGUACUCCGUGACAAAUGUUGGAAUGAAGAUAUGAAUAAAGACAAUCUGUGGCUGGAAUAUUCUAACAGUACCACGUGGUUGGAAGAAGCCCCUCUAAUUGUCUACAAAGCCCUGAGGAUGCAAGGUAGUAACCUCAAAAUAUACACUGAAAUUCAAAUCCAGCAUAUAGAAGAUCACCUAAGAUUCUUAGAACAGUUAUUGGAUAAUUACAGUGCAGCAGCCAGUAAAUGGCUAGAAGGUUAUGCUACAGUUAAAGAAACAUCCUCGCAGAAUUUCACCUGGGAUUUUUUCACUGUGGGUUCAAAGGCACAAAUGCUAGGAAGAAAGCUUGUAACAGCCUUGCAAGGGAAUUGCCUUAUGGUCAUGAAAUGGCUUGAAGAGAAUGUUGAGGUUAUUGAACAGUUGCUGUGGAAUAUCAUAAAUUAG